GGGAGCGUCGUGCUUCUGGUUGCCAAGGGAACGGCGUUCUGGGAGGCAGGAGGGCUUCUGACCCGCGGCUUCUUCCACCUCCAGAGAAGCUGCGGUGGCGGGAAAGACCCCUCCCCUUUGGGGGACAGUGGGUGACGCUGAGAGUGUCAAUGCUCUGACGACUGGACACUAGCCCCCAGUUGCCGUCCAGAAGGAGAUCAAUGGAUAUUAUAAAGGGAAACUUAGAUGGAAUUUCAAAACCAGCCUCAAAUUCAAGAACACGUCAUGGGAGCAGAGGUUCAAAUGCUUCUUUGGAGGUGCUCUCACCGGAACCAGCAUCCUUCAAGGUUGAUACUGCAAUCAAUCUGAACUGUGGUAAAGAAGGCCACUCAGAAGGCAGUAGUAAUACAGAGGAAGGUAGAAACAGUAAUGAUGAUAAAGGGGAAAACUACUCUGAGAAAAUAAAACUGGCUGAAGAGGGAUCAGAUGAAAAUUCGAACUUGGUUCAGCAUCAGAUAAUCCCUGAAUGUUCAGAUGAAUCUGAAAUAAAAGAAUUAGAUUCUCAACUUCAAGAUGCUAUUCAGAAGAUGAAGAGGCUUGAUAAGAUAUUGAUGAAGAGACAACACAGAGAAAAAGAAAUCAAGAAGCAAGGUCUAGAAAUGAGAAUAAAGCUGUUUGAAAAACUUAAGUCUGCAAAAAAUGGUGAAGCUUUACAAAGUAAUGAGGAGAUGGAAAGUACAAAAAACUUUCUAGCUUUAACUGCUGCAUCAGAAGAAACUGUUGAUCCUUCUUGCUAUGAGCACGAAGAUACCUUUUUCUCUGUGUUUCACACUCAAGUCCCUCCAGAAGACUAUGAAAACUGUAUACAGAAUGUCAAUAAAGAUUUUACGUAUGGUGUGGAAAGAAAUGAGUCAUUGAUCAAAGCAGAAAAGAAACCUUUCUCAAAUACAGAAAAGAUUGAGCUCAGGGGUAAACACAGCCAGGAUUUUAUUAAGCGAAACAUUGAGUUGGCCAAGAAUUCAGGACAACCAGUAGUUAUGAUUGACAGAGAGAAGAAAAGGCUGGUUGAACUUUUGAAGGACUUGGAUAACAGUGAUUCGGGGCUGUCCAGUUCUGAGGGAGAUCAGUCUGGCUGGCUGGUCCCGGGAGAAGGAUACACACCUGCAGUCACCCAGCAUGAGCAGCUUGCUAAAAUUGAUACAAAACUCCAAGAACUUUCUGCCAUUUACCCAACAAUUUCCAGCUCUUCUCCAAGACCUGAACUUCAGAAUGAUGAGGAACCUGACCUUAAUGGUGAUGAUAGAAAUACAGAAAUAACUCCAGGAGAAAAGGUACUUCAGAAUACCAAAGAGCAACGGGAUCAGCAGAAUCGGUUGAGAGAGAUAGAUGAAAAGCUAAGAAAGAUGAAGGAAAAUGUGGUAAAUCUUUUUUUAAUUUAAAGUAACCAGUGAUUGUGUUAAAAAUGUUCCAAUUUUCUUUGACUGAUUUAUGACUGUUUUUAUGUGUUGCAUCAGGCAAGAAAGCUAACGUGGGUAUUUGCCAGUAAGGAUUUGAAUAAAGGCUAAAAGUAGAACUCUUAGAACUUAAAGUAGUAUUAUAAUUAAUUUAUAUGACAUAAUAAACCUGUGAAAGGUGAUCUGAAGUCAGAAUAAU